AUGGCAAAAGUUCCUAUCCAAGUCUACAUCCGCUUUCGUCCUCUUUCUCCUCGAGAAUUCGACCUCGGUGAAAGCAUAGUUUGAAAUCUAAACAAAAACACUGUUUCCAUAGAAUCUGAUGAAAUAAGUAUUUUAACUCAAGAGCGGAGGCUUUCUCCCAACUAUAAUCCUACCUUUCAUUUUGAUCACUGUUUUUCAUGGGAGGACAACAACUCAGUGGUCUAUAAUAAAGUAGCUCGAGAAGUUGUUUUAUCAGCUUUAGACGGCUAUAAUGCAACAAUUUUCGCAUAUGGGCAAACAGGAUCUGGAAAAACUUUCACUAUGCUUGGAGAACAAGAAGAAAUUCAAGAGUCAUUAGUACUGACUCAAAGAAUUGCUAAUAUUUCUGAUGAUGAUUGCUUGAGAAUAAAAAACUCACAAAAAAAUUCACCAACAAAGCAGCCAACCAAGCUUGAUACCACAAAAAGAUUUGAACAAAAGAACAAAGGUAUUAUAGUAGCUGCCUUACUCCACCCCAUCAUGAAUGAGCAAAAAAACUAUUGAAAAAUCCUAUUUUUUGGAAAAAACACCAUCUCUGAUGAACAAAAAUUUUUUAAAUAUAAAAAAUAUUUAAUAUAUAAGCGAUAAAUUAUUAUCUAUUCUUAUGAAUUUUAAAUAGCAUGCAUUUUAAAAUUUAAAUUCUGCAAAUUAAUUUAUUUUCAAUUCUUGCACACUGGGAUUAAAAAAUACUCUCAUCUGCAAGUGAGCAAAUUUUUUACUGCUCCCUCCUAGGGCACGAGUUAGAAGAUAUUUUUUCUGCUACUCAAGAUUGCUGCGACAGCAGAUUUUUCUUUACUUGCUCUUAUAUGGAAAUUUACAAUGAGCAUGUAUAUGAUUUAUUAAAAAACCCAGAAGAAUUCACCAAUGAAAUUCUUAAUGUCAUUGAAGGCCCUGACAAAGAGUUUUUCGUAAGAGGCCUUGGCGAGCAAGUCGUGAACUCUAUUGACGAAGUCCUUGAAAAGUUAGCAAAAGGAGAAGAAAAUCGGCAUUAUGCAGCCACCAACUUAAAUCACCAUUCUUCAAGAUCACACACAAUUUUUAGACUUAAUGUAAGAAGCUUGAAAAUGAUUCCAAAGCAAAAAGUGCAAGACGAAGACGAGAGCUUUGAAAAUCUCGCAAUUGAAAGUGUAUUAAAUUUUGUAGACCUUGCAGGUAGUGAAAGAGUCAAUAGUGUGCAAGCUGUUGCUGAAACUGAGAGAGGAAGAGGUGGCCAAUUUUCGGUGAUUUCUACAAAAUCAGAUAUCGAUAAAGUAUUGGCAGAAGGGAAAAAUAUUAAUACAAGCCUUUUCUAUCUUUGCCAAGUCAUUAACAAGCUUUCAGAGAAAAAACUGGGAAUCAUCAAAAAUGACUCCCACAUACCAUUCCGAAAUUCCAAUUUAACUAAAAUAUUGAGAAGCUCUUUAGGAGGAAACGCAAGAACUUGCAUUAUAUGUACAGCUACUGCAGCAAGAUCCCAGUUUGAACAGACCCUAAUUCCCCUCCCUCCGUGAGCGAACAAAAAAAAUUUUAAAGAGGGAGUUAAUUUUAUUUUGAAAAAAUUAUAUAUUAAAGUUUGCUUUACGAAAUUUAAGAAUUCAUAUCUGCAAAAAUUUGAAAGCAAAUAUUAAUUUAAUUUUAUAAAAUUUAUAUUUAAAAUGCAAACUGUUUAAAAUUAAACAGAAUUAUAUAAAAAAUUUAAUUAUAUAUCUCAUAAUAUUUUUUAAUAUUAAAAAUAUUUUUAUUCACUCACAGAUGGUGGGCUUUACCCAAAAAAUAGAAUUUUCCAGUAGUUUUGUAGUUCACAGAGGGGGCGAGUAAGCACUUUGAGGUUUGGAAACAGUGCUAGAAGUAUAACAAAUAAAGUUAGAGCAAACAUUAGGACAGAAACCAAUACGCAAUUGCUACUGACAUAUGAACAAGAUAUAGCCAACUUAAAACGAGAAGUCGAACUUGCAUACCAAAAAGACAAGCUGUUUAGCCAUGAAAUUUCGAACGUGAAGCAACAACUGGAACAAAAAGUCAAUCAUCUCUGUAAGAAAGUCUAUGCUAAAUAUCAGCCAAAUAUAGAAUGAUAUACAAUUGAAAAGACUAUUAAGUCAUGGGCUCCUGGAAUUGGAGAAGUUUUCUUAUCAAAGCAUUUGUAUAAAGAAAAUAUUUUGCAUUGGGAUUAAGAUUAAGAUUAAGAUUACGCUGGGUAUUUAAGGUCCCUACUACGUCCGAGGUCGCAUGCCACGGUUUCCCGUGUGGUGGCAGAGCGUUCACCAAGCCCGGGCCGAAACCCCCGGUUUCUCGGUAGAGGUAUUGUCAAGGGCCGUCUUAUACCGGCUUUGCUGACCACCUCCAUUUCCAACUUGGAUCGUCGCCUAAGUUUACGCCAACUCCGCUUCGUCGUCCGCCAGAUCUGCCCAUUGAAGGGCACCUUUUCAACUGGAGAGACCCCCGUCUCGAUGUCUAACUCGCCUCCCCUCUUUUCCGGUCAUCCCGAGAAAGAACUCAACAGCUUUCGCCAUUCGGGGCGAGCCACUAAAGCAGCUUAGGCAGGUAAUUCACCCUGCCUCAUUUCGGGCACUCACUGGGCUGAGCGCUGCUGGCAAAAAGAAGUCACGAAUAACUGCCCAUGGGUCUGGUCGCAAAAACAGCGGUUCUCGCGCUUAGGCCUCUCGCUUCGAGGUCCCGGACGUUGUUGGGCUAAUUCCUGGCUCCAAAAACCAUGCCCGGAUAUACAUGGGUAACCACCACUGGGAGGGUGGGUCGGUCGCCAUACGCCAUUUUAUGUAUAUUUGCAUUGGGAUAAUUAUGAUUUACAUCAAUUUGAAGGAGGCAAUCAUCCAACCUCUUGGCGAAACUUCCUUAAUACCUGUAGAGAAAGCCAAGAUGAAUGAGCCAAAUAGAGAAAUAGUGAUUCCUAAUGUAUCUGGAAGAGUUUUUUCUUCGUGCAAAAGGGUAUGAUACCUGGGACAAGGAAUUUUCCUUCAGGAAUGGAUUUGGAAAGAGUACAGUAAGCUAUGUCCCCGAGAUUAAGUUUGAUCUCUACUCAAUUUAUAGACUCUGAAGAUGGCAGGUGCCUAGCGUGAUACUGGGAGCUAUGCUACAGAUCCACUACCUAAGAAGUCAGAAGCCCUGAUACAAGUCAUAAUGGUGGAGCCUGAAGCUAGGUAGCGGUGUUAGUCAGAAGUCUUCAGCGACGGAUGAACUUGUAGAGGUGGAAUCCUCGGCCUGCUCUAAGCAAGCCAGUUAAUUUAAUUUAAUAGGGAUAAUUAUGAAUUUAGUGAGGAAGGGUAUGAGUGUGUCAAGAACUUGAAAGAAGCUUCUGCCACUAAAAAGCAGCUCUUAACUCCGCCUCUUGGCUAACGAAUGAAAACUCUUAAUCACUAAACAAGGGAGUUAGUUUUUUUUUCCAGUAAAAAUUAUCAUUAUAAUAAUUAAUUAUAUAUCAAAUUAUAGUUGUAAAACAAAAUAAAAAUCUUUCUCGCUAAUCAAGGGUAAAUUGCUUUAAAUCGGGCUUUCUAAUGGCUUUGCUCGCUAGACCAGUGGUAGUAAGAAAAUUAGGGGACUUAAAAAACUCAUCAAGCUGCCUGGGAUUAGCAAACCUUUCACUCCAAAAAGAGCUAGAAAAGUACAAAACUCUUGUUGAAGGAGAACUGACCGAAAAGAAAUCAUUGCAAACUGAAUUAACUGAAAUCAAAAAGGAAAUCGUAGAGCUGCACGAUUCAAUUGAUAUGUAUGAAAUUGGGAAAGGCCUGGAAGAGCUCAGUGAUGAGAAGCUAGCUGAAUUCGAGCGCAGCAUCUUGCUUAGGAUUGAUAACGUGAAACAAGAAAGAGCACUGAGAGGAUACACAGCAUUAAUAAAAAAGAUCCAAGCAAAAGUUAUAGGCCAAGUCGAUGAUGAAACUUUUAGGCAAUUAUUUGGAAGCACAGACCUUGACUGGGGAAUUAAAUCAAUUGAAGCAGCAAACCCGUCAAGGAGCAAUCUCGAUACGUCGAUAAGCACUGUAAAUACAGAGUCUCCACUUCCACUAUCACUUUCUUAA